GCACCUAGCCAAUACUGACAUCUUGUUUUAUUGUACGAUUUUUGUAUAUUUACGAGUGAGACAGAAAUAAAUUUUUAUAAUGAAAUUUUUCUCAGAAAAUAUACAAAUAAUAUUCAAGAGUGCAAUCGUACUACAGCGGUAAGGAGAAAAGAGAUAUCAACAGUAAGAUUGUAUAUUGAAGUGUCAAACGGAAUUUGUAUGAAAAGUUUAAACGCAAUUCGAUAUAUGUCAUCGUUGUAUAUUUAUUAUUAUAGUUAUUACGUGGUCUAAAAGUGUGUAACUUUUUGUAACGAGACGUUCUGACUGAAUAAUACUUGGAAAAAAAAAGACAUUAUUAAUCAUAUGAGGAGAAAAACAUGAAUAUUACGAAUCCUAUCAAAAUGUUCACUACGAAAAAUACUAAUCCAUGUGAAAAUGAUAAUAAAACUCUUGGGAUGGACCAAGCUUGCUUCACUGUUUUCAAUAAUAAUAAUGUACCUAUUUCUUUGUUUUCUACAAAUGAAGAAUGCUAUUUUAAAUUGUGCGACUGUUUACCAUGGGCCAAUGUAUCGGCAAACAGCAAUUCUUCAUUAAUCGUAUCAACACGAUACCCAUUACAUUUUUAUUUUGUCAAAAGAGAAUAUCAGUGGUGUCAUGAUGGCUUUCACUUUCAAGAAUACGGUCACUAUGGCUGGAACUUGUCUGAAGAACAAAUUUGUUCAAACGUUUACACUAUAACAGAACCUAGAAAUCCGUAUCUCCCUCUCCUAGCGGCGUUUAUGAUUUUCGUAAUUGGAGCAAUAAUGAUUGGAACAACACGUUUUUUUGUACAGAUGAUUAAAAAAUUUCGGACACGAAGUUCUAUCGAUGAUCAAAGUGAUACCGGACCAUUACAAGAUUCUGACUCUCCAGCUCAAACAUUAGUUAGAAUAACUAAAGCAAGUAUAAGAGUUCGAUCCAUCGAUACUUUUAGAGGUAUUGCUGUUUUACUAAUGAUAUUUGUAAACAACGGAGGAGGAGAAUAUGUAUUUUUCAAUCAUUCCCCAUGGUAUGGAUUAACAGUAGCUGAUCUUGUAUUACCUUGGUUUGCCUGGAUUAUGGGUUUGACAAUUGUACUAUCAGUACGUUCUCAAUUACGACUCUCAAUUCUACGAUCAAGAAUAAUUAUGAAAAGUCUCAAACGUGCUUUAAUCCUCAUUCUUUUGGGAUUAAUUAUUAAUGGACAUCGAGGCACGCAGUUGAGUGACUUGCGUUUUGCUGGUGUUCUUCAAUUACUUGGAAUUACUUAUUUUAUUUGUGCUGGUAUUGAAACUCUAACUAUGCAAGCUCAAAGAAAUUUUCAUUAUGGAAGAUUUGCAUUUCUUCAAGAUAUUCUUGAUGCCUGGAUACAAUGGUUAAUAAUUUUAACACUUACUGCAAUCCAUUUACUACUAACAUUUUUAUUGCCAGUGCCAGGCUGUCCAAAAGGCUAUUUUGGCCCAGGUGGUAAUUCAUAUCACAAAAGAUAUGCUAAUUGUACUGGUGGAGCUGCUGGUUAUAUUGAUCGGUUCAUUUUUGGAAAUCAUAUUUAUAAUAAAACUAUAAAUUCAAUUUACGGAGAUGUUUUGCCUCAUGAUCCUGAAGGAAUAAUGAAUACUUUAUCGGCUGUAUUGAUUGUUGCAUUAGGAGUACAAGCUGGAAGAAUUUUAUUUUGCUACUAUUUGCAUAACUUUUCAAAAAUUAUUCGAUGGUUUUGUUGGGCAGUUGUUCUCGGAUUAAUAGCAGGUUUUUUGUGUAAUUGGAGUAAAGAAGGAGUCAUUCCAAUCAGUAAAAAUAUGAUGACAAUAUCAUUUGUAUUAACAACGUCCAGUUUUGCAUUUAUUCUUUUUGCUAUUUUGUACUUUUUAAUUGACCACCAUCGCAUUUGGGCCGGAGCUCCGUUUACAUACGCUGGAGCUAAUGCAAUUUUCUUGUACAUGGGCCAUUAUUUUACUAAGGAAAGUUUCCCUUGGACAUGGACAAUUGAUAAUCCUACCCAUGCUUCACUCUUUGCUAUAAAUUUGUGGACUACAGUACUCUGGACAUUAAUCGCUUAUGGGCUUUAUCAAAAAGAUAUAAUAAUAUCUAUCUAAUAAUUACUCCACAUGAUAAACUUUUUUGUCAUGAGUCAUGACUUCCUUUUGAUAUUCUUAUUGUAAAUAUAUAAUGCAUUACAUUCAAGUAUGAUAAUGUAAAGUUUUUGACAUAUAUGCGGUCAUGUUAAGCACAAGAGUGGUAACUUGCUAUAGUAUUUCUAUACAUGUCACUACGAGUUUGUUUACCACAGCAGUAUGCCAAAGACAUUUUGUGAUAGUUUCUGUUAAGUUGAGUUGUAUUUGAGUGAGAAAAAUUAUUUAAAAAAAUACACACAUUAGCUUAUAUGUUUAUAAACUAAAUUUAUACUUACAAUUGAAAUAAAAAAUGUAUAUUAAUCAUCGUAAAUAUUUUUAAUGUAAGAGUUGGUCUAAAAAAUACAGUAUUUUGUUAUUUGA